UCAUUGGGUGGCAUGGGCGCCAUCUGAAUGCUCUGCUACUGAUUUACUCUCGGGCAAGCGGUAUACAACCGAUACCUAAAUCAAAUCCUGUGGGCUAAGAGUGCAGCUUAAACAGUCCACCAUUUAAUUUAAAAUAUAUCGAGUUCGUUCUCAUCCAAUGGAUGCAGCGGUGUUGAACCCGCAGCUAAUGACGGAUGUUAACGGCAACAGCAAUGCAGUGAACGCCGAAUUGGAGGUGAAAAAGCUCCAAGAACUGGUUCGGAAAUUAGAACGGCAAAAUGAAGAAUUGAGGACGCGGGCGAACGGCUGCACUGGCAGCCCCCACAUUCUACCUCCAUCACCGGCCUACAUAGCCGGGAGCUACUGCAUACCUAGUCCGUUACCGACACUCCUGUGCCAGUCUUCGUUGGGGUCAUUUUCCUCUUUGGACGAACCGUUCGAAUAUUUCCAUCCGCAUUCUGCUGCUGUUGAUGCUACUCUAGAGGCGGAGGCUAAUUACACGGAACCAACGGUUCUAGACGAGGUCAACAUUCUGGACGUAGAUUCUCUAUUUAAAGAGGGAUCUGAAGAUACUUGGCUCUACGUGUCAGCCAAGGCCCGGCUCAGGGGAGAGAGCCCUGUUACACCCCUCCAGUGGGCUCGACAUGUCCUGGACAGCCCCAGAGCAGAGUUGGAGGCUGCCAGACGCUCACUGUGCCUCAGACUGGACCAAGUCCACAGGUGGCCCGGGGUGUUGUCCAGACCCUCAUCCCCUGCCCUCACCCUGAGACGUGUAGCUGGAGUGUCCCCCCUCAGUACCUCGUCCCCCAGGUCCUGCUCCAACCCUCAGCUGGCUGACCAACCUGCAUCAUCCUCCUCACCCCUCCACCUGUCCCUGACUCCUGUUGAGAAGGUCGAGAGAAUUCCCACAUUCCUCCCGGCCAAUCACUCAGCCAAUCGCAACCGCAGCCUCCGACGCUCUCUUCUCAGCCCCCAGUCUUCUGUGGACAGUGAGCUCACUGCCUCAGAGCUGGAGGAUGACUCCAUUACCCAGGGAUACAAGCUGCAGGACCUUGUUGAUGUCCAAGUCAUGGCUCGUCUGCAGGAAGAGAGCCUCCGUCAGGACUAUGCCGCCACCCCCACCUCUGUCAACCGACGCAGCGCCAGCUUCUCCUUCCUCUCCCUCCAGCGCGGCGGCGAGGCCGACCUUGAGGAAGAAGAGGAGGAGGAGGAGUAUGGGCAGCUGCCUCCUCCCCAACCUCGUCUGACUCGCGUGGGAGCUACCCUGCAGCGAGGCCUCUCUCAUUCCCACACCUUCUCUAGCAUGCGGGACUGGAGGAGGAGCACCGUGAGCCUGGCUAGCCCUUCUAGCCCUCAGUACCUCUCUGGAGGGUUGUCUUACCAGCCCCCGGCACCACCCCUGGCCCAGGCCAGCCCCACCCUCAGCACCUACACGCCCGACCAGCAGGCCUUCAGGCCUGGAUCAGAUGAAUAUGACAAUAAGUUGCGGAGGAGCAUGCCCAACUUAUUCAGGGCUCCCAGCAUGCCUAGCGUGCCCAGUCCACUGAGCCCUGCUAGUCAAAUCAGUUCCACAUCCACUCUUCGGAACAGUCUGAGCUUUGACUCCUCCAAUGGGCUGGCCAGCAGGCUACAGUCCUCAAUCCCCUCCCCAGGCCAGCUACAGAACCGAGUCCAGAGUGUGGGGAACUUCCAGUCUUUGUCAAGGCAACCCCUCAAAGCCACAGCCUACGUCAGUCCUACUAUGAAAGGACCGGUUACCAUGCCGACCUCUAACAGUCUGCAGUCCCUAAACGGUGUCAGUGGAAUCCCCCACCCCAGUAAAUCUGCCGGGGGAGUCGGGGGCACCCCCACCCCCCCUCGGAGCAGCUUGCCUCGCCCCGCCUCCUUCAUCGGAACCAGUUCCACCCCGCGCAGCAAGAUAGCCCAGCCCACCCGCAGUUUGUUGACCCCUCCAAAGAGCUUGUCCACCCUGAGUGCCCUACGAGAUGGGAGCUGGAAAGAUGGCUGCUAUUAAGAGGUGGAUGAUGGAUGGAUGAAAGGGGAGGAUGAUGGCUAGGAGAUUCUGUUAGUGGAGAGACCCUGCUGGUUGGGGUUACUCGCUGCCACACAGUCUUCUUGGGGGAACUGGGAGGGUAUGUCCACAAACUAUAGGAAAUGACCUCAAGUGUAGAUUACCCUCAUGAUUGGGUAUGUGAGGUGUGCUCAGCGCGCAAAGUAAACAUGCAUUCCCCAUCUGUCCAAUCUAGUCUGUGCCAAGGGGACUUCCCCAUUGCUAUUAUUAUGCACUAACAAGGUUUAACCACAGGCUCUAUAGUUACUUAAUGUACUAAGGAGAGCGUUGCCACUUUAUGCUAACUGAGACAGACUUUUUAACUUUGGAACUCUGAUAAAUAAGAAGGGGUGUUUUAUUACCAGAGCUCACCAAAGAUGCUGCUAAAAUGCUCAAAAUCACUCUCUGUUUUGGCAGAGUAUUUGGUCUAAUUUUGAAUGUUAUGGUAUAUUCAAAUAUUUAUAUGUAGUCUUUAUCUUCUGGUUAGUGUACAGACUAAAGGUUACUUUGCGUGCAUUUUUGGGAUGCUCAUCGUAUUGAUGCAAUAUUCUUGAAUUUUUAAUGUGAAGCAUAUUAACCAAAUUAAAGCGUAUGUCUGCAUCGGUUUACAAAAUGUCUCACUGGGACAAAAAUUACUUCAAGUUGUUUUGGAUGAUUUUUAAACUUCAGAUUCACUGAUAUAAGAAAUAUUUGUAAUUGUUGCAAUGAUUGUAAAGUAUCUAAGUUGAAAUUUAAAAUGUUUCUGUUCUUUUUGUGAAAUUGCACUUUCAUGGUUUAAUAAUGAAUGGUUUUAAUAAUUGUUAUAUGAAGAGCACAUGGGUUGAAGGAUCACUUUUUGAACAUCACUUAUGUAGCACUCUUGUUCUGUUACACUGUUCGUCUGUUUGAAACUUCUUCCUUUCUUCAUUAAUUAUCACUAAAACAUUUUCUUACUGUAUUUCAUUGAAUUAGUGUAUUUGUUUUAAAUUAAAUAAAAGAUUUUAAAUGAU